AACAACAACACUUCAUCUCCAUUCCUUUAUCCUCUCUCAACCAAACUUAUCAAAAGGUCUGAUCGACCCUUUCUUCAGCCCUUGUCUUUUUUUCAAAAUGUCCCUUCUCAGACCAUUCGUUUCUCGUUCAGUGGCUCUUGCUGCACGUAGCUCCACCAGAGCUGUCAUCGCCCCCAUCUUUCCCAAGAGCGUUCGUUGGGUGUCUCAACCCUCCAACCCUCUCUACGACGAGAAAGCUUAUCCUGAGGGUUACCGUGAACAUCGUGUAGAGGUUCACGAACCUAAACAUGCCAGUGUAGAUGAGAGCUUGGUUUUCGAAGAUCCUGAACCCAACGCUUAUGCUAAAGCCGAUCCGGGUCAUGAUGUCAUUGGUGAAGGUCAUGGUAGACACACCAAGAGGACUCUUGGGUCGCUCUCCAUGGAAGGAAAAGUUUGUGUCGUCACUGGCGCAGCCAGGGGUUUGGGUAAUAUGAUGGCUCGUACCUUUGUCGAAUCGGGAGCAGAUGCCAUCGUUUUGAUCGAUUUGAGAAAAGAAGAUGCCGAGUUGGCCGCAAAAGAUUUGACCGAUUGGUUUGUGGAACACGGCGAAGCCAAACCGGGUGAGAUCCGAGCUUUGGGUCUUGGAUGCGAUGUCGCCAAUGAACAAUCCGUCAAGGAUACGUUCGCUGCCAUCAAAGAGAAGUUUGGUCGUCUUGAUUGCCUCGUAACCGCCGCUGGGAUAGUAGAAAAUUUUGUCGCUCAUGAAUACCCAACGGAAAAGGUCCGCAAGUUACUCGAUAUCAACGUCAUGGGCACUUGGACCUGUGCUCUUGAAGGUGCUAAAUUGAUGCCUGAAGGAGGGUCAAUCAUAAUGAUUGGGAGUAUGUCAGGAUCCGUGGUCAAUGUUCCUCAACCUCAAACUCCGUACAACUUUUCCAAGGCCGCUGUCCGACACAUGGCCCGUUCUUUAGCUGUCGAAUGGGCUAAACAAAACAUCCGUGUGAACUGUAUUGCUCCUGGGUACACACUUACAAACCUGACAAAAGUCAUCCUGGAUAACAACCCCGUGUUGCGUGACGAAUGGAUUCAUCGUAUUCCCAUGGGCCGAAUGGCAGACCCCUCCGAUCUAAAAGGAGCCAUCGUUCUCCUGGCUUCGGACGCUAGCAAAUAUAUCACCGGGGCCGAACUCGUCAUUGACGGAGGGUACACUUGUAUCUAAAUGCCAACACCAAGUCUAUAGAAAACAGUCGGGAGUGAAUAGAGAACAAGAAGAACAAAAUAUUCAUCUUAGAUUCUGGAUUGGAUGUAAUGCGUUUUGCUGUCUU